AUGGUGGAAGACAGUGGCACUGACGAGGAGAUCCCGUUGCCUAAUGUCAAGACGGCAAUCCUGUCCAAGGUGAUCGACUACUGCAAGUACCACAAGGACAAUCCACCUGAGGAGAUCCAGAAGCCUCUCAAGAGCACCAAUUUGGUCGAGUGUGGCGUGUCAGAGUGGGACAACGAGUAUGUCCUUUUCGAGCUGAUCCUUGCAGCCAACUACCUGGAUAUCAAGAGCCUCCUCGACCUGACCUGUGCAAAGGUUGCAUCCAUGAUCAAGGGCAAGAACACUGAGGAAAUCCGCAAGCAGUUCAACAUCGUGAACGACUUCACCCCAGAGGAGGAGGCGCAGGUUCGAGAGGAAAACCGCUGCGGUCUCAGUUCAAAGCCGGUGGAGCCUCUCGACGCAAGAAGCGACAAAGCCAAGGUUGGUGUGAAGAUGCUUGAGUGA